AUUUCACCUCAUUUUCGAUUUCGGCAACCAUGUACCAAUCAGCCAAUCAGCCGGCAUGUUUUGAUUAUGCCGGUUUACGAGUACGAUUGUAAGAUUAUGCACGAGUUAGCAGACUUGUGCGUGUUUGAUUACAUUUCCAAUGCAUUGUAACUGCAGCGUACCGUUAUGGCACUUCAUGAUGUCCGAGUGACUUUUGAGGAAGGACUUGCGUUCUCAUCUUGACUGUCAGCAUGUGUAGAAUGGCUUUUACGAGACUGUUUUUGAGACGGACAUUUCGGCACACGAAUACCAGUUGGCCUUUCUGCAGUAAAACGAAUAAAAUCCCGACGAGGAGCUCGUCUACCGGUGCGACUGUCUCCUCCGUGGAUCCCUUGAAGCAGAAAAUAUUCAACAUUUUUCGCUUUUACGAAGAUGUAGUCGGCCUCACUGAAGUGAAAGCUGCACAAAAUAGAGUUAUCCAGGCAGAGCAAAAAUUCAUGUUAACUCAGGAAGAACGGAGAAAAAGACAGCAGAAACUCUUAGAACUCCAGGCCAGAUUGAAGGAAAUCCACGCCCAACUUGACAAGACCCAUCGGGGAGAAGAUCGUUAUCUCACAUUAAUUACGCAGGAACACGCCAUAAUUCGGGAGGAACGGACCGUCCUCCAAGAGUUCCACAACCUUGAGAAGGACGAACGGGACUACUUCUCCGCCCUCUCUCGAGCGCUGCGGGAAAGCCACGAAAAAGAACGCGCUCAGGGGGAACGUACCAAGUACUGGUCCAUCAUCGGCUCCAUCUGCGGAGCCGCCAUCGGCAUCAUCGGUGCGACCAUCAACAACCGAAUACGCUUCAACCAGCUGAGAGACCUCGUCGAACGUUCCUCGAGUCAGUCGGAGGUGCAACUCCUCGUCGCUAACCUCUCCGACGAGUUCAAAAAGCACUGCGUCCAAGUCGGCGAAUUCCUGGAGGGCGUGCGGAGGUCCUUCGGAUUGGCCGCGGAGCAGGUACGGGACAGGAUCGAGCGAGGGUCCGAGGAGCUGGGAAGUUCCGCGGCGUCCAAGGAGGUCGAAGGAGAAGUCGACCUCAAGCUACGCGAAGUCCUGGAGCUCGUGAAAGGGCAACGGGAUUUUUUUGCGAAAGAGACCAAAGAGAUUAAAGCGCUGUUGGCGGCACAGAGGGCCCUGGAGGAAGGCGAAGACGCUCCUAAGGUAGCAGCCGUGUACAUUGGUGAGGACGUGCGAGAGAUUGUGAGUGACUCGCAGAGACAGAUUGAGUGGAGAAUCAAGAUAAACUCUUUAGCAACGGUAGCUCUCAUCUACGGUGCCCUGGCUCUUGCGGUACCACUCAUAGCAGCUUUUUUCAAGGGGUCUUGAGACUUGGCGAGGCGUCACUUAGUUUGGUUAUGCAAUGAAAUAGCCUAGAUACGGAUUUAGGAAUUAUUGUGUGUUAGUGCUACCGUAUUGACUCGCAUAAUUUGCGCACUUUUUUUUAGUCCGAAACCUAGCGCCAUAAAAAUUUUGUUUAUUACGUACAAGGGGCUAAGACUUGGAUCUUAGGACUCAAGUCCCAGUGUACAAAAGCUUUCAGUCAUAGUCGAGCCAUUGUCAGAAUUAAGCUUUGCCUACUCACAUUCCUUGCCGACUCUCGGCACUGUGAUCUUUCACUUGCAAUGGUAUUGGCCACCUAAUGUUACUGUAGACUGCUGUAGUCAUAGAAAUUGUGACGUAGAUGUAUAAACGUGUUUACGUGGUAGUGCAUUAGCAUAUGUAUGUAAUGGCCCUCACACAUUUUUGAAUUGGGUAAACUGAGCUUUACCAAAUGAUCUUUCUUCGUCUCAAUCUUACCCUUUACAUUUUGCGCAACCGCUGCCACUGUUUUCUUCUUUCUUUUUUUUAAAACACAUAUUGCAGAUAUUGCAAACCGUGGUGUGGAAAUGACCAUGGUAACUGCUACACCUUGCAUACUUUGUGAAGUGAUUCACAACCAUGAUACAAGCUUUGUGAAGAGUUAUAUACCAAUUCUUGUGAAGUUGUUAAUUACUGUUGAAAAAAAAAUAAUAAUAAUAACUGUGUGCACAGCUGCACUGUUACAUGCAGGAAUUGAAGUGAGGAAGUUUGUUGGACGUCAUACCCACUGUUGCUAAACGUGACGAAGAGCAGUAAAAAUAAAGUUGAAGAAAACUC